AUGUCGGCUCCCAGGUCCGGCACGCGUCCGGUGCCUCCUCCCCGCCGCCCGGUUGGUCGGCUGGCCAGUCUUAAGCCUCCCAGCGCGACUCCAAUCAUGCGCCCGCAGUCAAUCAGUCGUCCUCAGGCUCCCAAGCCUACCACCCACCCGAAAACCUCCAACUGCCCUAACCCAAGCUGUCCUGCCCCUCAGAUCGUCGAUGAUGGAGGCACCAGGGUCUGCGCGGGCUGUGGUACAGUCAUCAGCGAAUCCAACAUCGUCUCAGAAGUCACCUUCGGUGAAUCCUCCUCCGGUGCGGCCAUGGUUCAAGGUUCUUUCGUCGGAGAAGAUCAGACCCACGUCCGCAGUUACGGCCCCGGUUUCCAACGCGGAGGCGCCAUGGAGAGCCGGGAAAUGACCGAGCAAAACGGAAACCGAUUCAUGAUGCAACUUUCCCGAGCCCUACUUAUCCCCGAGAGUGCGACUAAGGCAGCGGGUCAGGUAUUCAAACUUGCCGUGGGACUCAACUUUAUCCAAGGUCGCCGCACCAAAACCGUCGCAGCUGUGUGCCUGUACAUUGCGUGCCGACGUCAAAAUGGAAAUACGGUCAUGCUGAUCGAUUUUGCCGACGUCCUGAUGAUAAACGUGUUUAAGUUGGGUCGCUGCUACAAAGCUCUUCUCGAUGAGCUUCGCCUGGGGGGUAACGUUUUCCUCAUGAACCCCAUCGACCCCGAAAGUUUAAUCUACCGUUUUGCCAAGCAACUCGAAUUUGGCCCCUCCCUGAUGGCGGUGGCCGGAGAAGCAGUCCGCAUCGUUCAGCGCAUGAACCGUGACUGGAUGACGACCGGUCGACGCCCAGCAGGUCUCUGCGGUGCGGCGCUGAUUCUGGCAGCGCGCAUGAACAACUUCCGACGAACUGUGCGCGAGGUCGUUUACAUCGUCAAAGUCACCGAGAGCACAAUCAGCACACGUUUGAACGAGUUCAGUUCUACCGAGAGUGGUGAACUGACCGUGGACCAAUUCCGGUCCGUCCAGUUAGAAAAUACCCAUGACCCCCCAUCCUUUACCCGCGGCCGCGAGGGCCGAAACAGCCGCAUCAAGCGUGUUAAAACGACCGCGGCUGAAAUCGAAAAUGACUCCCUAUCCGAAAGCGAAGCCGAAUCGACACAGCCACGCCGUGUGGAUGCCGACGGAUUCGCCAUUCCAAACCUCCCUAUUGAUCCGGCUUUGACCGCGGGCCAGGGUCGACGGGCCUCAGACGUCGCCAAAGCCGUCAGCGACGUGAUUGAGGAAAUGAAAGCCGAUACGGCCAAGACCCUGGGUAAACGGAAGCGAGAUCCUACGCCCGAACCAUCCGCGGAUGAAGUUGCAAUCGAAGAAGCGCUAGAAAACGAAGUACGAUCUAUUCUCGACUCUAAUAUGGUCCAAACUGCCGCCUCGGAACCCACACGACCUCCUGUUUCCGAUAAUACCGAAGUCGACGAAGCAGAAUUCGAAGACGACCCUGAAGUUGCUUUUUGUCUAUUAACGCCAGAGGAGGUCGAGUUCAAGGAGGCCAUAUGGGUCACUGAGAACAAGGAGUAUCUCCGGAUCCAGCAAGCCAAGGCCCUGAAACGAGCUCAAGAAGAAGCCAACGGCGGACCUGCACCUCGCAAAAAUCGCAAGCGCCGUCGCGGUCGUCUCGGCGAUGUCACUUACCUGGAAGGCGAAGAAGGCGAAGAGGGUCGCAAAACGCGAGCCGCAACUCCCGCUGAAGCUACACGUCGCAUGCUUGAACGCCGGGGUUACAGUAAGAAGAUCAACUAUUCUUUACUCGAUACGCUUUACGGUGGAGAAGGAGGCAAUCCCAAGAAGGAAAGCAUGAGCCGGAGUGAGACCCGCAGUCGGAGCCGCAGCCAAAGCGUUGCCUCACGGCGCAGUGCCAGUAUCGAACCUGACAGCGCUGCCCGCUCCCGUCGGGCAACCCCCGUUAAAAACCGACUCUCUCGCCCUCCUUCUGCUAUCCGAUCCGCCGCUCCACUCCCCACGCCACCCUCUACUGCCCCCACUGCUUCACAAAAUGCCAAGACUGCUUCCCAGAGUGGACCUGCUAAGGACGAACCUGCUCUAGAUGCAGCCGACGAUGCAGCCGACGAUCCAGAUGACGAGGAGGAUGAGGAUAUGGAGGACGACAAUGACGACGGCGUCGAUGAUGCCUUCGCGGGAGGUUACGAGUAUGAUGAUGGAUACGACUGGGGGGACGAUGAGGAUGAGUGA